CCCCGUGGAUUUUUGAGUUUUGGCUCUGUGGCAGCGCCCGCCGCUGCGGCCGCAGGAAGAUAAGCUAACUAGCUAGCUUUGCUUCGAAGGAAACACCGAUUUAGGCUAGCUACAUGGGCUAACACUGCCCAGCCCGUUAACGAGUGCACUAUAUUUAAUUCGUGUUUCUCACCUGCGAUGUGACUAUUUUACAUGGUGUUGCGUUUUUUUGGGGGGGGGCAUACCACACCUGGAUAUUUCACUGGGGGCAUUUUUAAUUGUUUUGCGUGAGUUGGGGAAGGUCGAGACCUCGCCGGGAAUAACUUUGGCCUGAGUUUGUGAAUCCCGGACUUGAUUUCAGUCCCGAAAGGAAGCGUCUCUGCCAGAAAAAAAAUAGAAGAGGAAAAAUCUGGAGUCGACACCUAGUUAUGAAAACUACUCCGGAUCAACACUCUGUGUAGAUUUCGGCGACAGUUUGUUCUUCUUCCUCAGACGUUAGUUAGCAGCCUCACAGGUUAGCUAACUAGCCACCUGAUUAAAGCUCGUCGGUUCUAUACAACCGUUGCUCCAACUUUUCUUCAAGCUAGCCCGAGUAGCUAGCUGGUCAAAGCGACAGAGCACUAGGUCGCUGGUCACGGCCGACGCUGGUAAAUUCUGAGCGAAAGUAGAAUUUCACACCGAGUCCCGAAGUCAAAGCAGCCACUUUGCUUUUCUCGCUUUUGCACUUGUUGACAAACAUGGGACGUGCGGUUGCUGCUAGCUAGUUUCCAGCUAGCUAACUCGGCUAGCCGCUGAUGUGGGAUUCAACUUGUUGAUUCACGGGCUAUCGGUCGUGCUGCUAGCUGGCUAGCACUGGACAUCUGUUGGAAUUUUUUUUCCCCCUCUACUAUCAGCUGGACAGUUUUUAAAUGCACAAUAGACACUGACGAAUCGUUUUGCUUCACUGUUCCCUUUUUUGGCAACUUCCAGUCCACCAAACAUGUCAACAAGGACCCCAUUGGUGCAGGUCAUUGAGAACUCAGCAACACAGGAGACCAAAUCAUCUGUUCGCUCCAGCAUGCCGCGAUGUCGGAACUCCGUCCCCACGACCACAUCAGAUGACCAGCCGCACAUCGGUAACUAUCGGUUGCUAAAAACCAUCGGCAAAGGCAACUUCGCCAAGGUCAAACUGGCACGACACGUCCUCACCGGAAAAGAGGUGGCUGUGAAGAUCAUUGAUAAGACACAGCUCAACUCCUCGAGUUUGCAGAAGCUCUUCCGGGAGGUGAGGAUCAUGAAGAUGUUGAAUCACCCCAACAUAGUCAAGCUCUUUGAGGUGAUCGAGACAGAGAAGACUUUGUACCUGGUAAUGGAGUACGCCAGUGGAGGAGAAGUCUUUGAUUACUUAGUGGCCCAUGGCAGGAUGAAGGAGAAAGAAGCCCGCGCCAAAUUCAGACAGAUUGUGUCAGCGGUGCAGUAUUGCCAUCAGAAGUGUAUAGUACACAGAGACCUCAAGGCGGAGAACCUGCUGCUGGAUGCAGACAUGAACAUCAAGAUAGCCGACUUUGGCUUCAGUAACGAGUUUACUCUGGGGAACAAGCUCGACACGUUCUGCGGCUCUCCGCCCUACGCCGCCCCGGAGCUCUUCCAGGGAAAGAAGUACGACGGGCCCGAGGUGGACGUUUGGAGCCUGGGGGUGAUCCUCUACACACUGGUCAGCGGCUCGCUGCCCUUUGAUGGACAGAACCUCAAGGAACUGAGAGAGCGCGUGCUGCGGGGCAAGUACAGGAUUCCCUUCUACAUGUCCACAGACUGCGAGAACUUGCUCAAAAAGUUCCUCAUUCUGAACCCUUCCAAAAGGGGCAGCCUGGAGGCUUGCUCCCAGCAGCAGAUAAUGAGGGACCGGUGGAUGAACGUGGGCCACGAGGACGAAGAACUCAAACCCUACAUUGAGCCCCAGCCAGAUUACAAAGACCCGAGGAGGACAGACAUCAUGCUGACGAUGGGAUUCUCUCAGGAGGAGAUCCAGGACUCACUAGUGAACCAGAAGUACAAUGAUGUGAUGGCUGCAUACCUGCUACUGGAUUAUAGGAACUCUGAGCUGGAUGAAAGUGGCAUCAAGCCCCGGCCAGGAACUGAUGUAAGCAACUCAAACGCUCCUUCCCUCCACAAGGUGCAGCGCAGUGUGUCGUCCAACCAGAAGCCUCAGAACCGCAGAACCACCGACCACGGCUCCUCCUACUCUAAGAGGGGGGAGCGAACAGACAACCGGACUGCAGGAGAGGAUUCCGGAAGGAAAGGUUCAUCGGGCAGCUCCACUACCAAGGUGUCGGCCAGUCCCCUGGUACCCUCUGACCGCAAGAAGAGCGCCACGCCCUCCACCAAUAGCAUCCUGUCCACCGGUACCAGUCGCAGUCGGAACUCUCCUCUGACUGAGAGAGCCACGUUGGGCCAGGGCAUCCAGAACGGAAAAGACAGCCUAAACAUGCCGGGCUCCCGCGCCUCUACUGCCUCGGCCGCUGCCGUCCUCUCCUCCUCCUCCUCCUCAUCCUCGCGUCCCCGCCACAACAAGUCCAUGUCCUCCUCCAAUCAUCCAUGCCCCUCUGACCUGCACGCACCACGGCCCAGUGGCCCGGGUCAGCGGGCGCCCGGCGCUUCCCCAUCUGCCCACAACAUCAGCAGCGCUGCCGCGUCGGACCGUACCAACUUCUCCCGAGGGGUGGGCAUCCGCAGCACAUUCCACGCGGGCCAGCAGCGGGGCGCCCGGGACCAGCAGGGCUCCGCCUACCCCGGCGGGCCCGCGUCCCCGUCGCUGUCCCAUGGCAACAGCCAGGCCCGGAGGACGCACGGCGCCACGGGGAUCUUCAGCAAGUUCACGUCCAAGUUCGUACGCAGAAAUCUCUCGUUCAGGUUUCCGAGAAGUCCGUAUGAGGGAGAGGGUCGGGAUGAGGGGAGCAGGUCCAUGCUGAGCAGCACGGUGGACAAGUCGGAGAAGACGUCGGGCGGCGUUCUCUCCUCCCCCAACAAUGACGAGAACAACUCCUCCCCAGGAUCUGUCAACACGGGCGGCACCGGCACCCCUCCGGCCAUCGGCGGCCAGAAGGACCCGGCCAAGCCGCGCUCCCUCCGCUUCACCUGGUCCAUGAAGACCACGUCGUCCAUGGAGCCCACGGAGAUGAUGGGCGAGAUCCGCAAGGUGCUCGACUCCAACAGCUGCGAGUACGAGAUGCGCGAGUGCUACAUGCUGCUGUGCGUGUCGGGCAACCCGGCGCGCGACGACUUCGUCCAGUGGGAGAUGGAGGUGUGCAAGCUGCCGCGGCUCUCCCUCAACGGCGUGCGCUUCAAGCGGAUCUCGGGCACCUCCAUCGCCUUCAAGAACAUUGCCUCGAAGAUCGCCAACGAGCUCAAGCUGUGAGCCGCAGAGGAGCGACGAGAUUGGGUUUGGGGGGGGGUGCUGUAAGCGAGGAGGAGGAGGAGGGGUUUCAGGAGGUGAGCUAAAAGGUGGGGUCACUUUAAACAUAAAAACGAUUGUUGUCUGGACAAAGGUCUGAAGUAGGGCUAUCGCUUCUGAGACGAGAAACAGUUUCUUUUCUAGGAGUUUUUUUUCCUUAAGUUCUUUAAAGUUGUGAAGUACUUCUUCUCUCUUCCCUGUUGCUUCAUUUCAGUCCUUUUUGUUUUUGUCCCGUUCUGCAUGUUUGAUCUGCUCCGUGUUCCACUUUGAUCGCUCCGACCACUCCUGUCCCUUCUUCCUGCUAUUUAUUCAGUUUUCCAAAACCUUUCUGCUGCCAGGCAUUUUUUUGGGGGGGGGGGAACAGGGUAAAAAAAACAAAAAAAGCGGAGGAUGUAUGGAGGAGGAAUUGCUGGAAAAAGAGCGAUUGACUGACAGAAUUCGGAGCUUCGUUUUGUCGAAGCUCUAUUUGUUUUGAUUCUCUCCCAAAACUUGAUGGACUCAAACAGAGCCGGGACUGAAGUCUCUCUCUCUGUCACACACACGCCGCUACAGAUUGACUUUGGACCCUCUCCUCUCCACACCCCCCCCCCCCCCCGCACAAAAAAAGAACUUACCCACCUUCUCCCUCCCCCGUCCCCACACACACUCUCUCCAUCAAGUUUCUAGCUCAGCACAAACACAUCCAUCUUGUUUUUGCCUCUUCACUCCCUUUUUCUUCCUCUCCUCCCUUUUGCCGACAAGUCUGAGGACUCCAGUCAGACUUGACGACGUCAUCGAUUGUCUACGAGUCAGUACUUUUUUUUUUUUUUAAAGUUUGUCCUUAUAUGGCUUUUAAAGAGUUGUGCACUGGAAAAGAGGGGCCCAUGGGGAAACUGGGGAGGGAAGGACAGCCCGUGGACAAAGGCUGUCGAUGAAUUUUAUGUUGCCUUUUCAUUGUAGAAUUUAAUUUUGGGUUUGAUUUUUGUUGUCAUCACAUAAAUGCUUGAAUCAUUUAUUUGUACUUUAAUGUCGGUGUCACAUUGGUUGGCGCCACACGCCUUCGUAGAAUGUCAACCCUGAACCGACGCUACUUGUCUCCCCCGCCGCUCUUUACUACUCAUGCGUUCGCUCUUUAGAGCAAACGCACAACAAAAAAAAAAGGUGUCUUUAGAGUACGUAACAGUGUGUGAGUGUAUUAUUAAAGAUCACUGGAGGGGAAAGCAACUACCAACAAAAAAGAAUCAACGGCAAAUGGUGAAUUAUUCUACUUUUGAUUUGAUAAUAUAUUUUUUGUGUUGUUGGAAAUUUGGGGUUUGUACAGAUUUGGAUUAUUCGGGACGGGAGGGGAGUAACGAGGUGUGAAGGGUCAUGUCGGAUCAUAUCAUUGCUACCUUUUCAGUGUAGUCCACCUUUUUAACGCACACCACCCGUCCCCCGCCCCCACCCCCCACCAUUGUAUUUAAAGAUGAUGGUGGCGACCACUGCUCGUUCUAAUGUGUUCUUACUGGCCCAGAAAGCUGGAAAGACUUGUUGGCCAGAGCACAUGUUCACGUCCCCUCCGUCGAGGCAGAGGGGGAGUCUGAGCUAAGGGCCGAUCGCCGUCAGCUGGUUGUACCCAACUUAUUUUUUUCUCACACAAUGACACACUUAUUUUUAUUCAGAUUUUUCAUGUAUUAAGGUGCUGGGUAUUGGAUUCUAAUUAUUAUUCUGGCUGUCGCUGUUAUAUUAUCUCUUUCAGGGUUGAUUUUAUUUACAUUCUUUCGUUUUACAUUGCUGUAAUUUACAUUGAUUUAAAAUGUUUUGAGCAAACUAACUGUAGUGGUGGGUUUGGGGUUGGGAGGAGUGAUCAGCUCCUGCAAAAUGUAUUGGUUUUUUUUGUGCAAAGACAAAAUGAUGAAAAAUUACAAUGAUAGUAAUAAAAAGAAUGAUAUAAUGAUAA